AGGGUUUCGUUCUUGCGACUAUAAAACCAGAAUCACGAGGCGCUAACGCUUCCAGCGUGCCGGCGACAACUCUCGGAGGGAGCUUCUCAUUCCGAUUGGCCUUCUUCCUCCGUCUGCUCAGACAUGCCGAAGCAAAUCCACGAGAUCAAGGAUUUCCUCCUCACUGCUAGGAGGAAGGAUGCACGCUCUGUGAAGAUCAAGAGGAGCAAGGAUGUGGUGAAGUUCAAGGUUCGCUGCUCCAAGUACCUCUACACUCUUUGCGUCUUUGACUCCGAGAAGGCCGACAAGUUGAAGCAAUCUCUUCCUCCAGGUUUGAGCGUGCAAGACCUGUGAGAAGAUGGCUUUGUUUCGUAUCCAGUAGAGUCGUUAACGAGACACAUGCACUUCCUGUUUUUGAAGAUUUAUUUUCUUACCAGUAUCUAGAGGUUGACCUGGAUUUGGUUAUUAAUUUUUAUGUUAUGAGGAAAAUAUGGCUUAUGCUGGAUUAUGUGAUAUGGUACCUGUGAACCUUUCUGGCCAUCAUCUUGUUUGGAUUGAGUAAGAAUCUAAGCUUAUUUUUGUUGAUAUGGAAUCAAUAUGGUUUUCUUUUUUCUGA